AGGAGGAACAGCAAUGACACCGAAGGGGGGCGUCUCUCAGUCGCGCCGCGCUACCGCGCCGCGUGGGGGCCGAGCGGCCAGCUUACGAAGUCACUGUUCAUGUUGAGGCCGACGGCGUCGGGGUGCGUGCAAGCGACCUUGUGAAGGUCGAAGGUGUUGUCGUGGCCGAGCAGGUCGGCAGAGAAUGGGAAAACCCACCAGUGGAAGCAACCAGUCCACCCGAGCGGGGAGUAUGAAUAUCGGUAUCAGCAGCGAGCUUCGGGAAGGCGGGGCUCGCGUUGAACAGCGGGCGGCCGACGUCAACAGUAGGAACAUGCAGAUGAUUGACGUUGCUACUCUCGGCGGCGUCAGCGGGCUCCUCAUGAGGGGGGCGGGCGCCACCGACAGGAUCAGCAGCAGGAGAAGCCUCCGCACCUCCAUCAGCUUGCUGUGGGGUAGGUCUCGGACGACCUGGCGGGAAGUCGUGUUUUUUUUCGGGCGUUGGCAAAACUGGGUUUAACGGGACCUGGUUUAAUGAUGUGUACUGGGGGGCGCCCCCACGCUCCGUUCCACUAGCCGGAACUGCCGUCACCCGAACAAAAACACGAACUACCGCAGACCUGGUUUAGUGAUUCUGGCCAAUUUAGGUGCUCCGGGGCACGAAUACUAAAGGGGUCACCUUAACUAGGGGCCUGGCUAUACUCGACUUUCUGCGGUCCUCCACUAGACAACCCCAGGCUGUGAAGAAGGUGUCCACGAAGAAUGUGUGGGCGUGCUUUGCGCUCGCCAACGUCGGCCCAGGCGACAAAGAAGCGGUCGAGGAAGAACGAGCGCUGGAAGUCAAGACAAAGAAGCCGAAGGACAAAUGGUCGACUCUUGCUCGGCACACCUCCGGGGUACCGCGCACAUCUCGAGGGUGCGAAUCGUCACUAUUGGCUUGAACAGAAACGCCACCUGCAGCGGCGGCGGGACAAUCUUGAGGGAAACGCUCGGCACCGAUAGGUUACACAGGGACGCCACCAGCAGCGGCAGCGGAACAGAUUUGAGGGCCACUUGGAGCAGUCGAAUUCCUCAUGCGCGAGGUGGAAGCCGACGCGGUGGUCCUUGCACAGGCGGUAUUUCUAGAGGUCGCUGUCGAAGUCCUCAGACUCGAAGCCGCAGAGGUCGCGGUCGUUCUUGCUCCGGCGGGAGACCCUGACAGCGCUGUCGAAUUCCGCAAACCCGAAGCCGAUGACAAAGCGGUCGUACUUGCAACUUGCACAAGUGGAGCCCAAGGAAGCCGCGGUUGAAUUCCUUAGACACGAGGCCGAAGAGGUCGCAGUCGAUCUCGCCCGCGUGGUGCCCGAAGAGCGCGCGGUUGAGCUCCUCAGAAUGGUACCCGAAGCCGUCGCAGAAGCAGAACUGGAGAAGGUAGCUGGACCACUGGUGGUACUUGGCGGUCUCGUAGAGAUUCUGCCACUUGCGGCGCUGGUUAUUGGGGCCGUUGCAGAAGUCGCGGUCGAAUUCCCCCGGCACGAAGCCGCAGUGGACGAGGUCGUUCUCGCGCAGGCGUUGCCCCCAGAAGGCGCGGUCAAAGUCCCCAGACAAGAAACCGACGAUGACGCGGUCGCUCUCGCUCUCGUGGCACCCGAGGAGGGCGCGGUUGGCGGUCUCGCGGACGAGCGUUCACUCGAGGAACCAACGCGGACUCCACUAGAUAGAAAGGCGCAGGCUCGAAGUCGGUGUAAACGGGCUCGUGCAAUUCGGUGACACGGUUGGAAACGUGUUGACGAUGACCGUCGUCACAAACUCCCACCAGCAUGAUGGUCGGCAUGCGCACGAAUUGACUGAUGACCUGCAGCGCAUGCGACAUCGCGAGCAUGCCGUGCGCCAGAGCAUGCGCAAGACCCCCAUCAGGUCGAGGCGCAUGCCGAGGAAGGAGCAAGUCCAACUGAAACUCGCGCUUGUCCGAUGUGUGCGGUUGUGGCACGGCAUCACUGGCAGGAACGACAGGAACGCAAUGUUUGGCACGGCCAGCCCGCGCGUGUUGAUGUCCCGCAGCUGCGUGGGCGAGUCGGCGUCAAAGAAAGGGGUGGCCUGCUCGAUCGCAGAACGCAGACUAUGAGCAUGCACGCCAGAGGCCGUUUGCACCACGGAAUGUGUGCAGCAGGGCCCUUGACGACGUCCUUGGCAUGUGACGUCAUGUGCUCGGGGACGGCGAUGGGGCGCAUGCCAAUGGGUAGAGCUCGAAGAGAACCACGCACACGAGCACGAUCACGAGGAAUUCCCAACAUUAAUGGCGAGCGGCACUGCGCCAUGCAGCGGAUCACCUCAAUAAGCAAGCGCCACGCAAGACGGCGGCGGCGGCGCACACCACUGCAUGCGGACGGUCGGGCGCGUCAGGGGCCCUGGCCUAGCAUGUGACUUGAGCCAGAAUGGCUACGGCGAUGAGGAUUGUCACGGCUGUCGUUUAAGGCACGGGUA